CUUCCCAAAAAUUCAGAAUCAAAACAAGCCAACAUGUCCGCCUUCCUCGAAAAAGCCAACGCCCACCUCAUGUACACAGGGGUCCCCUACUCGCCCACCCUAAUCACCCGCGCAGCCGGCACAAGACUAUAUACAGCGGAAGGGCACCAAAUCCUCGACUUCACCUCCGGCCAAAUGAGCUCUCUCCUAGGCCACUCGCACCCAGAAAUUGUAUCGGUCGUACAGACACACAUCGCGACGCUCGAUCACCUCCUCUCCAACAUGCUAACAGCUCCCGUCCUCGCCCUCGCCGAGCGCCUCGCACACCACCUACCCACCCCGCUCUCCAAAUCCUUCUUCCUAAACACCGGCUCCGAGACGAUCGAAGCAGCCAUCAAGAUGGCCAAGUGCUACACAGGCCGCUUCGAAGUCGUCGCCUUCGCAGCGAGCUACCACGGCCUAACGCAGGGCGCCGGCUCAGCGACGUAUUCCGCGGGGCGCAAGAACGGUAGCGGGCCGUGCAUGCCCGGCCAAUUGGCAUUUCCAGCGCCGUACGCAUUCCGCUCGCCGUUUCGGAGGCCCGCGGACGGCGAGUAUGACUGGGAGACGGAGUUCGAGUACGGGUGGGCGAUGAUCGACCGGCAGAGUGUGGGGUCGUUGGCCGCGUUUGUGGUGGAGCCGAUCUUGUCAACGGGGGGUGUGCUGGAUCUGCCGCGGGGUUAUUUGGCAAGGUUGAGCGAGGAGUGUCGCAAGCGAGGGAUGUUGUUGAUUUUGGAUGAGGCGCAGACGGGCGUUGGUCGGACGGGACAUAUGUUUGCGUUUCAGGACCCCGACCAUGGGGGCGUUGUGCCUGAUAUUUUGGCGCUGAGUAAGACGCUGGGGUGUGGGCUGCCACUGGCGGCUGUUUGUACGACUGCGGAGAUUGAGAGGGGGUGUCGCGAGGCGGGGUUUCUUUGGUUGUCAACGCAUUUGAAUGACCCGUUGACUGCCGCUGUUGGAGAUAAGGUGUUGGAGAUUGUGGAGCGGGAUGGAUUGUGUGCGCGGGCGGCGGAGCGGGGGUUGCAGCUCAGGGAGGGGUUGCUGGCGCUGCAGAGGAAGUACUGGUGUAUUGGGGAUGUGAGAGGGAAGGGCCUAUUGCAGGGGAUUGAGAUCCUGGAGGAUGUGAAGACGAAAGCGCCCGGGGUGGAGCUCGGGCAGGCUGUGUCGGACAUGGCGAUGAGCAAAGGAUUGUCCUGUAAUGUGGUGAACUUGCCUGGCAUGGGCGGUGUGUUCCGUUUGGCACCGCCGGUGACGGUCGCCCCGGAGGAGAUAGACGAAGGAUUGCGCAUUUUGGAUGAAUCAUUUGGGGAGGUGUUGAAAGGUAUUUGAGCUCUUGUUCUCUCAUUUCUCG